AUGGUAUACACCACAGCAUCACGCACUAACACCUCCCAGCUCUCGCCCGAGGAAGCCUACCUCUCCUACCACGACGUCCGCCUGACCUACGAAGACAUCAAAUGCCUCAAAGACGAUUGGCUAACCGAUAACGUCAUCGCCUUCUGGGAAGAAUUCCUCGAGCGCGAAAAGCUCUCUGCCUACCCGAAAGCCCACAUUGUCCUGCUCCGCCCCUCCAUGUCCUUCCUCCUCAUGAACACCCGCGAUCCGUUGUCGCUCAAAUCCGCCCUCCCCGAUUUUGCAAAGACGAGCCAUAUCUUCAUGCCUGUGAACGACUGCCGGCAGGUCGACGUAGCGGAGGGCGGUAGCCACUGGAGUCUACUGCUCGUGAGCGUAAUCGACGGCGUGGCGUUUCACUACGACAGCAUGGGCGGGCACAACGUACACGAAGCCAGGGUAGUGUCGACACGGAUAUCACAACUGCUUGGCAAGCCGCUCAAAUUCAUCAACCUUGAGGACUCGCCGCAGCAGGAGAACGGCAUGGAUUGUGGGGUGUAUGUGUGCUUGCUGAUGCAGCAUCUGCUGAUCCAGAGGCUGUUGAAGGCGCAAGCGCAUGACAAGAUCAGCAUGUCGAUGCGGGGAAAGGAGGUGGAUGCGCAUGGGGGGAGGAAGCAGAUGCUGAAGGUCAUCGAUGCGAGGCGGAAGGAGGGCGAGAGGCGGCGGUCGAGAAGCCACAGCCCUCACCCCGGCAGCAUGUCACAUCAGCACUCCAAAUCGCGAAGUCCGCCACGGAUCGGCGUCGAAAACGAAGAUGACUAG